GGGCGCACCUGUGUCAGCAGGGUGGCUCCCGGGGGCCAGCGGGAGGAGUGCGGCCCAGGUGACAUCAGCAGAAACGAAAGUCCGCCCGGUGCUGCUCUGCAUGUCACGUGCCGGCUGGCUCUCCGCCAGGGCCUCUUGCUGUGUCUUUCUCCUGGACAGCCGUGGUAAAGACACCCAGGAGAAAGAGACGGUGCAUGCCGGGAGAAUGUACAGAAUGUCUGAAGGGGACAGUGUGGGAGACUCUGUCCACGGGAAGCCUUCUGUGGUGUACAGGUUCUUCACCAGACUCGGGCAGAUCUAUCAGUCCUGGCUAGACAAGUCCACGCCUUACACGGCCGUGCGAUGGGUGGUGACGCUGGGCCUGAGCUUCGUGUACAUGGUUCGCGUCUACCUGCUGCAGGGCUGGUACAUCGUGACCUACGCCUUGGGGAUCUACCACCUCAAUCUUUUCAUAGCUUUCCUUUCUCCGAAAGUGGACCCUUCCUUGAUGGAAGACUCAGAUGACGGCCCCUCGCUACCAACCAAACAAAAUGAGGAGUUCCGGCCCUUUAUUCGGAGGCUUCCAGAGUUUAAAUUUUGGCACGCGGCGACCAAGGGCAUCCUCGUGGCCAUGGCCUGCACCUUCUUCGAGGCAUUCAACGUGCCGGUGUUCUGGCCCAUCCUGGUGAUGUACUUCAUCAUGCUCUUCUGCAUCACCAUGAAGCGGCAGAUCAAGCACAUGAUAAAGUACCGGUACAUCCCGUUCACGCACGGCAAGAGGACGUACAGGGGGAAGGAGGACGCGGGCAAGACGUUCGCGAGCUAGGCGCUCGGCCGGGCCGGCUCCGCACCCCUGCAGCAGCGCCGCCCACCUUCACACACAGUAGCCGAUUUCGAGGGAGUGGAAUUUUCUUUUUAAAAAGGAGCUUCAAUUAUUUGUAACUGAAACAUCAGGUUCUUGAAGAAACUGACAUUUAAACCAAAUUGCAUUGAUUUAUUUUUCAGUGACAUUCAAGUGUUCAAAAGGAUGGGAUUCUAGUAAAGUGCAGGCUGGGCGGACAGUCGGAUGCGGGCGGGCCGGCGGGCGGGUGUGGCCCUGGCGCGGACCUGCAGGAAGGAGCCAGGCUCCGGGCUGUCCCCUGCACCGCGGGCGCCGCGGCCACGCCCACGCCACCCAGCGGGAGGACGAUGCGAACCUGAUUCCUGUGCUUGGAACAACAUUUGAAAGGUGAUUUUCAAGUAACUCGGGUUCUAAUGCCAGUUUCCCACUUUCAUCUCACGAGAGAUGUUUAAAGUUGGUCUCUAUCAUAAUGACUCAAAACUCUGUUCUUAACUACCAUGAUUGCUUUUGAGGGCCUGGAAUUAUAAAUAUAUAUAUUAUAUUUUAAUUGUUUGGAAUUAUUUUGACACAUUUCUUUGAUACCUGAAGAGUUGUUUUGGCUAAUUUAAAGUUGAUCUCAUGCAGCGGCCCCUUUAUAGAAACAACUGGCGAGAGCAGACCGAUUUGUGGGUUCUAACACAUGGCUUCCCGCUUUCUACGGGAAAACAGAACUCUGACCCGCAUGUCAACUUUUUUGAUGUGAUAAAAACAAAUACUCAUAAACAUUUUACUAAGUGACUUUUUAAUUCCAACUUUAUUAAAGACGGUGUCCCUUU